CCACACAGGAGGAUCCCACCAUCCCUCAACAUCAGCAUGAAGAACAGAUGCAGAUUAAAGUUAAGAUUAAGGAGGAAGAAGAGGAGACAUCCGUCAUGAAUUAUCAACAAACAGCAGAGGAUGUUGAAAUAAUGGUGUCAAUCAAACAUGAUGAACCUUCUUUAGAUAUCAGCAAUGAUGGAUCCAGUAAUGGGAACCCACCAGAGAGAUGUCCCCGUUUUCUGGAUUCUCAAGAAUCCACAGAGGAAGAUUGCGACAUCCAUCACCAUGAUCAGGCUGAAGAACUGAAAAUCAUCAAACUUGAGGUUAAAGAGGAAGAAGAAGAGGAGACAUUUGUGGAAGGAGAUCAGCAGUCUAUGGAGGAGGGGGAGAUAAAUAUAAAAAAUAAACCGGAGAAAUCUCUCUAUAUCAACACAAGUGGAAACUACGUUCAAAAUCAAAGUAUAUCAGAUGGAGUUCUUGUUAUGUCUCCGGACUGUAAUACGGAAGAUAAUGAAGCAACACAAAACCCUUCAGGAGUGAAGUCCAACCAGUUGGCAAGAUCGAUGAAUCGCCGUAAAUCCCAGAAAUCUUGUCAGAAUUUACAUACCAUAACUUCUGAUAUUCCUCUCAAUACAGAUAGAUCAACAGAUCCAGCUAACCCCAAGAAACCUUCUUCAGGAGGCCACACAGAAGAGGACUCCUUGUCAUGUUCGGAGUGUGGGAAAUCUUUUACGGACAACAAAGCACUUCUUACGCACCAGAAAAGCCACAAAGCUGAGCGUCCCUUUUCAUGCUCAGUGUGUGGGAAAUGCUUCGCUUGGAAAAGAGUACUUAGCGAACACCAGAAAAUUCACACGGGUGAACGCCCUUUCCCUUGUUCAGAGUGCGGGAAAUGUUUCACACAGAAAGGCGACCUUGUUAGACACCAAAGAAUUCACACGGGAGAACGUCCCUAUUCGUGUUCAGAGUGUGGGAAAAGUUUUACUCAGAAAAUUGUACUUCUUACACACCAGAGAACUCACACGGGGGAAUAUCCUUUUUCAUGCUCGGAGUGCGGGAAAUGUUUCUCUAGGAAAGAAAACCUCAUUGGACACCAGAAAAGACACUUGGGUAAGCUUCCGUUUUCUUGUACAGACUGCGGAAAAUGCUUCAGCCAAAAAGGAAACCUUUAUAAGCACCAAAGAAUUCACACGGGCGAGCGCCCUUUUUCGUGUUCAGAGUGCGGGAAAUGUUUCAUCCACAAAGCACACCUGCUUCUACACCAGAAAAGCCACACAGGUAAGGGCCUUUUUUCCUGCUCAGAGUGCGGAAAAUGUUAUAUUCAGAAAAGCGCACUUCUUGUGCACCAGAGAAUUCACACGGGCCUAUAUCCUUUUUCAUGUUCGGACUGCGGGAAGUGUUUCACCGAGAAAGAAAAACUUCUCAUCCACCAGAGAAACCAUACGGGUGAGCGUCCUUAUUCGUGUUCAGAUUGCGAGAAAUGUUUCACUCAGAAAGGACACCUUCUUACACACCAGAAGAGUCACACGGGGGAGCGCCCUUUUUCAUGUUCGGAGUGCGGGAAAAGUUUUGCGCGGAAAGAAGUGCUCAUCGAACACCAGAGAAUUCACACAGGCGAGCGCCCUUUCGCUUGUAAAGAGUGCGGGAAAAGUUUCACUAGGAAAGGAAGCCUUGUCGGACACGAGAAAAUUCAUACGGGCGAGGGCCUGUUUUCGUGUACGGUGUGCGGGAAAUGUUUUCGAUUUAAAGGCAAUCUAGUUAGACAUCAGAAGACACACCCCUGCUGAUGCGAUCGACAAAUGUAGAGUGGAAUUUAACAGGUUUAAUAAUUUCGUACUGGACUGGAGUGCAUCUUGGCAAAAGUGACUUUUCUUUUAAUGUAUAAUAUGACGGGUUUAAUCACCUGUUUACUUUUUACCUUUUCAAUAAAGACUUGAGAUCUGUCUGUUUAUAA